AUGAGAUGGAAUGUGGGUAUCAUUCCUGAUAUUGCUUACACAAUUGGAAUUUCAUUCAUUGCAGAUCCAUUUCAUGCGAUAUUCUAUGAUGUUUCUCUUUAGAUUAUUUACAUGAAAUUAUCUCCAUCAAGAUAUUAAACAUCUAUGGGCUCUCUUUACCUUUCAUUUGCUGUCAUAUCCUAAAGUUUUGUUAGUAUUCCAGUAGCAUAGGCGUUGAAUUAAUAAUUCACACAGGUAGAUAAGAAUAAUAUAGAGGACAUGUAUAAGCUCAAAUGUAUCCAAAUGUUCUUUUGCGUAGCAGUAAUGCCAUUUACUUUUCUUCUGCCAAAUUUUGAUAGAUUUAACCGAUUUAACUCAGCAUUAGCAGAGCUAGGACUUGAUUAAGUAACUGAUUAAUAAAUCUCUGCAUCAGAUCUCAAAUUCUAAAAUCACAAUUCUUGGCAUGUAGGAGGAACAAUAGGAGAAAACAAUUUUGAAACUUUCUAAAUUGACAGGAAAAGUGUAGUGCAAAACAUUAAAUUAAGAUAGAGAAAAUUCUAAGGCUAACAAUCUAUUAAAAAUCAGAUUUGA